UUUCCCAAGAAGACAUAUAGAAAAGUGAUAUAAUCGCUCUGCCUCGCUGUCUCUGUCUUUGACCGAACCCAAAGAAGAGGAAGAAGCCUUAGCAGCUUUCGGCGCUCUUUUUCUUUCCCUUCACCCUCUUCUUUGCUUCCAUUUCCUCAUAUCAUAUUCAUCUCUGUGUCCCUAUGACACACUAGUACUUGUUGUUUUGUGUACCCAUUAUUACCCACACACCCCAAAUACAAUUAAUAUCGUAAUCCAUUAUUUUAUUAUUAUUACCUUAAACUAAACAAAGAUAAAUUAUUGUUUUUUUAAUGUUGUGUUUUUUAUACUAGAGUCAUGUACCUUCCUGGUUUCUGCUCUCUAUGCAAUGAACAAAGCAACUGAAGUAGUUGCUUUUUAGCUUCAAGUUCAACAAUCUCUCAACCAACGCAUCAGUCAAAUCUAGCGGCAUAUCACAAAGAAAAGAAAAGAAUACCCUUUGCUUGUUUUCAGGUGAAAUCAAGUCCAUUAAUGCAUGUACGCAUUUGAGAAGGGCAUUGAAACACUGAUUUCUGGUGGAGCUUGACUAGUCAUCUUCUAUGCUGUCUUGUGUAACAGAAAAUAUGGGCUUACUCUGUAGCAGAAAUCGUCGUUACAAUGAUGCUGAUGCAGAAGAAAAUGCACAGGCUGCAGAGAUUGAAAGAAGAAUUGAGUUAGAAACAAAGGCCGAAAAGCAUAUUCAGAGACUUCUACUUCUUGGAGCUGGAGAGUCAGGGAAGUCCACAAUAUUUAAGCAGAUAAAACUUUUGUUUCAAACUGGCUUUGACGAGGCAGAACUAAAAAGCUACUUACCAGUCAUUCAUGCUAAUGUGUAUCAGACAAUAAAAUUACUGCAUGAUGGAUCAAAGGAGUUUGCCCAGAAUGAUGUUGAUUUCACAAAGUAUGCUAUAUCCAAUGAAAAUAAGGAAAUCGGGGAAAAGUUAUCAGAAAUUGGAGGCAGGCUGGAUUACCCAUAUCUCACCAAGGAACUUGCACAGGAAAUUGAGAAUCUGUGGAAGGAUCCUGCUAUUCAGGAGACAUAUGUCCGUGGUAGUGAGCUUCAAAUUCCAGAUUGUACUGAUUAUUUCAUGGAAAAUUUGCAAAGGCUAUCUGACACAAAUUAUGUUCCAACAAAGGAGGAUGUUUUGUAUGCAAGAGUGCGUACCACUGGUGUUGUAGAGAUUCAGUUCAGCCCUGUUGGGGAAAAUAAGAAAAGUGGUGAAGUCUAUAGACUCUUUGAUGUUGGCGGACAGAGAAAUGAGAGGAGGAAAUGGAUCCAUUUGUUUGAAGGAGUGUCGGCUGUAAUAUUCUGUGCUGCAAUUAGCGAGUAUGAUCAAACACUUUUUGAGGAUGAAAACAGAAACAGAAUGAUGGAGACUAAGGAACUUUUCGAGUGGGUCCUGAAGCAACCGUGUUUUGAGAAAACAUCCUUCAUGUUAUUCUUAAACAAGUUUGACAUAUUUGAGAAGAAGAUCCUGAAAGUUCCACUUAAUGUAUGUGAGUGGUUCAAAGAUUACCAACCGGUUUCAACAGGGAAACAAGAGAUUGAGCAUGCAUAUGAGUUUGUAAAGAAAAAAUUUGAGGAAUCAUAUUUCCAGAGCACUGCACCGGAUCGCGUAGACCGAGUCUUUAAGAUCUACCGGACCACUGCUCUUGAUCAGAAGGUAGUGAAGAAGACUUUCAAGCUUGUUGAUGAGACAUUGAGGCGAAGAAAUCUCUUAGAGGCUGGCAUGUUAUGAACCAUAUGUUAUAAAAGGGAUAACAAUAUUUUUACAUUGAAGAGGUGAUCAGAUUUUGGGUAUACUGGGGGUCAGGUAUACUACUACUACAUAUUAAAUCGAUUUGUUGAUUUUUAUUUCAAGUUAAAUCUUGUUGAAUGAGUGGGUGGAGAAGAAGACCCUCUCUUGUGGUUAAUCUCCACAUCCAUCUUCAAAGGGCAAAUUUGUUACUCAAGUUUCGAGAUUUCAUAUCAUGAUUUGUGAUAAUGUUUUUAUAGAUUGAAAGUCACUAAUCAUAUGAUAUAUUUCAUAUUUCAUGUUAGUGAUUAUAUUUUGUCUCA